AUGAAUAAUCAAAAAGAAAAUACUGCAUCUGCAUGUUCAUCAACCACGCAGAAGCCAACAUCCUCUUCUUUACAAACUGAUAUUCUUUCUUAUUUGAGUACACAUGAUGAAUUAAAUACAUGGACAUACGCAAAUGAACAUAAGAUCGAUCAUCAACUUGUCAUUGGUACUAUUCGUAGUAUUCAAUCGAUUGGUGAUAUCAUUAAAAUUGAACAACAUACAAAUCGAUCAAUAGCACCUAGUGAUGAAGGAAAAUUAUUACUUCAGAAUGGUAGUUAUGAAUAUAAUUUAUUUCAAGCUAUUCCUGCAGACAAAGGCAUUGAACAACCAGAACUUAUGAAAUUUCCAAAUGCUACUAUUGGUUUUGCUAAAGCAAUGUCUAGUGGUUGGUUACAAGUUGAUAAAUCAUCUAAACCAGCUAUCGUUAAACGAAAGGUCGAGAAUGUUCAUGAUGAAGUACAAAAUUUACUCAAACGUAUUCAAUCAUUAGAAUUACAAGAUGCCAGUGUCAAAGAAGUAGUUGAAUUGAAAAAAAGAAAAUUAGUUGAAGAUGUGAUUGUUAAUUAUUUUAUUGUAACAAAAUCAUCGGAGUUUUCUACAAACAUAGCAAAAGGUGAAGCUGAAUUAACUGCUGAAAUGUUACAAACUGGUUCAUGGAAAACAUUAAAUUUUAAACAAUAUAAUUUCAAUGCUAAAGGAAUGAUGCCAUCGCAUGGUUGUUUACAUCCAUUAUUAAAAGUUCGAACUGAAUAUCGACAAAUCUUUCUUGAAAUGGGUUUCACAGAAAUGCCAACAAAUAAUUAUGUUGAAAAUAGUUUCUGGAAUUUCGAUGCACUUUUUACUCCACAGAAACAUCCAGCUCGUGAUGUACAAGAUACAUUUUUCUUAUCUGAUCCAGCUGUAACAACAACAUUUCCUGAAGAUUAUCUUGAAAAAAUCAAAAAAGUUCAUUCAACUGGUGCAUUUGGUUCAAUUGGUUAUCAAUAUGAAUGGGCACGUGAAGAAGCACAAAAGAAUGUCUUUCGAACACACACAACGGCUGUUAGUACACGAAUGCUUUACAAAUUAGCACAAGAAAAAAUAUUCAAACCAGUGAAAUAUUUUUCAAUAGAUAAAGUUUUUCGAAAUGAAAAUCUUGAUGCAACACAUUUAGCUGAAUUUCAUCAAAUCGAAGGUUUAGUUGCUGAUUAUAAUUUAACAUUAGGUGAUUUAAUUGGUAUUCUCUAUGAAUUCUUUCGUAAACUUGGUAUGACAAAACUUCGUUUCAAACCAGCUUAUAAUCCAUAUACUGAACCAUCAAUGGAAAUUUUCAGUUAUCAUGAAGGUUUACAAAGAUGGAUUGAAGUUGGAAAUUCAGGAAUGUUUAGACCUGAAAUGUUACUUCCAAUGGGUUUUUCAGAAGAUAUUUCAGUUAUUGCUUGGGGUCUUUCACUUGAACGACCAACAAUGAUUCUUUAUGGUAUUGAUAAUAUUCGAGAUUUAAUUGGACCAAAAGUUGAUUUGGAAAUGUGUCGACAAAAUCCUAUUUGUCGUGUUAUUCCAGCAAAAAUUGAAGAGUGA